AUGUUCAUCAUACAAAUCGGUAUCAUAAGCAGCGAGAAGCAGAUCCAGAUAAAGGACGACGAGCUUCGCUUCUGGCUUAGGGUGGUACAUCUGACCGAAUACUCCAGCAACGUAGACAACCAAACCGAAAAGCUGGCCUGCAAGGUGAUCGACACGAAGAAGUGCAGCGAAAAGUUCCGCAAGCGAUUCCUGCCGCGGGAGCUAACCGUAUUGCUGCACGUGCGCCAUCCGUACAUCGUGCGCAUCCAGGCCAUCAUCAAAUGUCGCAGCAAAGUUUGUAUCUUCAUGCGUUACGCCGAGAUGGGCGAUCUGCUGUCGUUCCUGGUCGAUCACGGUCCACUGCGUGAACCACAGAUGCGCAUCUGGUGCCGACAGCUAGCCCUCGCCAUCCAGUAUCUGCACACCUCCGGUAUCGCACAUCGGGACUUGAAAUGUGAAAACGUUCUACUAUCGGCGAACUGCAACGUUAAGCUGACCGAUUUCGGGUUUGCGCGUUACGUUACCGAGCAACCGAACCAGAGGGUGCAGAUGAGCUCCACGUUCUGUGGUUCCUUCGAUUACUCGGCCCCGGAGCUACUGAAAGGUCAACCGUACAAUCCCAAAGCAUCGGACGUGUGGGCACUCGGAGUGUUACUAUACAUUCUGUUCAACAAAUCCGUCCCAUUCAAGGGUAAGACGAGGCAGGUGUAUCAACUGCAGAUGUCGCGCAGCUGGAAAUUUCGUUCCCACGUGAACAGCACGCUAUCGCCGGAGGUGAAAUCGUUGAUCCGGAAUCUGCUGGAACCGAACCCACUGGUACGGUGGACCAUCGAAGAAGUGCUGGUCUGUGACUGGCUAGUGCAGGACCGGCGGUUGCGCUCGCUGAAUGCGGCCGAGUUUGCGGCCCUUGCGGAGGCCCGGGUUUUCACGCGCCAUUCCGCCGACAUGAACCAGGUGCAGGCGAAGUUGCAGCGCACGGAAACAUCCGCACGAUCGGUCACGAUGAUAAAGGAACAACCGGAACCGAUGGCAAAUGCCGCAGCAGCAGCAGGAGGAGGAGGAGGAGGAGGAUCUGCCGCACUGGCAUCGUUGCUAUCGACCAGAACCUCCCUCGCUAACGAUCCGCAAUAG